CGUUUCUACAUUGGAAUGGAAUACUGAUCCUACAUAUUUGCCUACGAGAAACGCCAUUGAUCAUCAUUACGUGGUCUGGUGACAACAGCUGUAAAUUCUGUCAGCUCUCAUGUCCCUGCUAAGAUAAAUCAAAAUACAUUACAAAAUUAAAUUAAGGUAGUAAACAAUAAAGUAAAAAAAAAAAUGCUUUCUCGUUUAUUGAAGGAGCACCAUGCAAAGCAGAACAAGAGAAAAGAACACCAAGAGAGACGCAGACGAGAGGCAAUUGCAGCUGCCACCUGUCUAACAGAAGCCUUGGUGGACCAUCUUAAUGUUGGGGUGGCCCGGGCGUACGUGAACCAGAGGAAGCUGGACCAUGAGGUCAAGACGUUACAGGUGCAGGCCAGCCAGUUCUCCAAGCAGACCGCUCAGUGGAUCAGUAUGGUGGAAGGCUUUAACCAAGCCCUGAAGGAAAUAGGUGAUGUGGAGAACUGGGCUCGCAGUAUUGAGAUGGACAUGAGAACCAUCGCUACAGCUCUGGAGUACGUACAAAAGGGUCAGCUCACAUCAGCCUCUUCAUAGAUACGCUGAACUCUAACCUGGAACUGUUAGCCUGCUGCUAGCUUCAGUAGCUGAACCCUAACCUGGAACUGAUAGCCUGCUGCUAGCUUCAGUAGCUGAACUCUAACCUGGAACUGAUAGCCUGCUGCUAGCUUCAGUAGCUGAACCCUAACCUGGAACUGAUAGCCUGCUGCUAGCUUCAGUAGCUGAACCCUAACCUGGAACUGAUAGCCUGCUGCUAGCUUCAGUAGCUGAACCCUAACCUGGAACUGAUAGCCUGCUGCUAGCUUCAGUAGCUGAACCCUAACCUGGAACUGAUAGCCUGCUGCUAGCUUCAGUAGCUGAACCCUAACCUGGAACUGAUAGCCUGCUGCUAGCUUCAGUAGCUGAACCCUAACCUGGAACUGAUAGCCUGCUGCUAGCUUCAGUAGCUGAACUCUAACCUGGAACUGAUAGCCUGCUGCUAGCUUCAGUAGCUGAACCCUAACCUGGAACUGAUAGCCUGCUGCUAGCUUCAGUAGCUGAACCCUAACCUGGAACUGAUAGCCUGCUGCUAGCUUCAGUAGCUGAACCCUAACCUGGAACUGAUAGCCUGCUGCUAGCUUCAGUAGCUGAACUCUAACCUGGAACUGAUAGCCUGCUGCUAGCUUCAGUAGCUGAACCCUUUCACUGUGAACGAGUGGUGGAUUUACCACGGAUACCAGGAUCCUGGUGAAAAAAAACUAAAAGCUGAUGAACCAUCUGAAAAGUUGCUUCAGUAAUGACUUAAGGCUUGCCCAGUGUUCAUGAGUGACACAUUGUGUUACAGUAGGAACAGUAUGUCUGUGGACAUUGUGUUACAGUAGGAACAGUAUGUCUGUGGACAUUGUGUUACAGUAGGAACAGUAUGUCUGUGGACAUUGUGUUACAGUAGGAACAGUAUGUCUGUGGACAUUGUGUUACAGUAGGAACAGUAUGUCUGUGGACAUUGUGUUACAGUAGGAACAGUAUGUCUGUGGACAUUGUGUUACAGUAGGAACAGUAUGUCUGUGGACAUUGUGUUACAGUAGGAACAGUAUGUCUGUGGACA